AUGAGUUCUGGGAUUGCCGAGUCGAGCAAUCACGGCGGCAACGGCGGUGAUGACCGUGAGAAUGUAUGUCAAAAAGCUACAGUGCUCAAAGGUGAAGAUGGGGAAGAAAGAGAGAAUGAUAUCUCCGUGCCUAUCGUCUACGCGCUCGGAUCUAAUGGGUCAGGACAAUUGGGAAUAGGACAUGAGGAAGACACGGCGAGGUUGGAGAGAUGCGUUUUUGCUAGUGCUACUGCGACCGGCGGGACGAGCAGGACGAGCAGAACAACUGGGAUCACCACCAGCACUGCCAACACCACUACUGUCAGAACCAGCUCCAGGCCGACAGAUCUGAAUCUACAGACCAGCGGCGUCAAGAAGAUCAAGAUCGUCGCCGGAGGAAACCAUACUCUUCUUCUGACUGAUCAUGGGCGUCUCUUCAGUGCUGGGAAAUUCGGCAGCGGGGGUGGACUAAAUGAUGAUACUAGUGCGCAAUUCAAUCUCAAGUCCGGUGAUGGGAGGGAAGCUUUACUUCGUACCACUUCUCCUUCUACUCCUUCCCCUUGGUCUUCUGUCUUUGUACAGCGAGACUAUGAGUUUGGACAUGAUACUAGGAAAACCGUCGGCACUGAUGGCAAUUCUUCGCAUUGUGGUUUGGCCGCGGCAAAUAUAACAACAAGGGCUGAUACAAGGGCCACCAUCACAGACAUUGCAGCGACUUGGGAUGCUUCGUUCGUGGUGGUCAAUCACAGAGCCGUGUUCGUCUCUGGAUCCGGGUCGAAAGGAGAACUGGGCCUCGGGGAAGGUGUUGAGCGCGCAGACUGCAUGACCAGAGUGUUUGACGUGGACGAGUUCGAUUUUGGGUUUGGGUUUGGGGUAAGGUUUGGAUCUGGAUCUACAACUGCCACUUCGACUGGUACUGCCACUGCCACUGCCACUUCUACUCCUCAUGAUGAUAUCAAAAGUGCUGGCCAAGGUUCAGGUUCUGGUUCUGGUUCUGGGUUCACAACUGGCCAUCGUGAUUCCGAUCCCAACGGCGACGCUUCCCAAAACAGCCCACCAAACCAAAUCAAAAGUCAGCCUGGAAUCUACAUUCGCGCAAUUGCCGCGUCCAUGGCUCACGUCGUGCUGCUCUUGUCAAACGGCCUUGUCUUGGGGUGGGGAAGUUGUCGUAAAGGCCAGUUGGGUGAGCAGGUCAAAACUCGAAAGAAUCUGUGGACGCCCACGCUGGUUGGGACCCCGAAUGAUGGUUGGAUCCAGGACGACGACAAUGAUGGGAACAAUGGUCGCUCCAACUCCUUGCCCCGCUUGCCCUGGGCACCUACCGACCUAGCAGUUGGUAGAGAUUACACGAUUCUGCUGAGGAGCGGCGAGAAACCUCUGGUGUGGGGAGAUAUCAAGUCCUCGGAUGAUGAUGAAUCGCUGUCCGUUCCGCUUCAAGAAGGUGACCAGAUAGUCAGUUCGUGGAGUUCGAUCCACAGAUUUUCACGCCUCCCAGGCUCAGGCUCGGUGCAUAGUACCGGCCGAAAUCAUCGUGGGCAACUGGCGCCGGCUGGGCUCCCUAAAAUCCGACAGCUGGCGGCUGGGAGCGAACACUGCAUUGCUCUCACCGCAGACGGGCAAGUCAUAGCUUGGGGAUGGGGUGAACAUGGCAAUUGUGGCCCACAGGUAGAUACUAGGGGCGAUGUCGCGGGGAGGUGGAAUGUGAUAACGCCACCUCAGGACCUGGACCAGGAACUGGUGGUGGAAAGUGUCGCAGCGGGAUGCGCCACGAGUUUCGUCAUUUACAGGACCAGGAAUGGAUGA